GAGCAGCAAUCAGUUUACGUUCCGCUUUGCUCGUGUACACGCUGAACGGUUCCCAGAUCCCAGAUCCCAUCCAUCCAAUCCAGAUAAAUACUUGUCGACUCGCAGAUCGGGGAGCGUCUUCAAACUGGAUCACAUCUUCGAGGACUACCAUCGUCAACAGUUUCACAAAAUGUCGCACGGCGAGCGUAAAGGUCGCCUCAAUGUGGUCAAAUUUCUGGAAUUGGGGUUUGCUGUGGCCUGUUUGGUGCUGCACUUUUACAGCUUUAACGAUCGGGAUAUUAUGACAUCGUUUCUGGCCACCGGCACCUUCACGGGCUACAUUAUCGUGGUGAUUGGUGUGUUUGCUGGCGUGCUGAUGCGGGCACCCAUCCACAAGCGCAUCGACAUAUUCUUCAGCGUCCUGGGCUGCGCUCUGUUUGUGGCAAGCGGUGUGUUCAUCAUCGAGGCCUGGGAGUUCUCCUUCAGGACACGGACACGCGACCUGGCGCUGAUCAAGGCCUCACUGUCGAUCGUCAAUGGCGUGAUGUUUGGCUUCGAUGCCAUCUUCACCUUUCGUGACAAGUGAAAACAUUUAUUUUGUGUUUUUUUUUCUCUCUCUUUCAUAUGCAUUUAAUAGGCCAUAAGUCGAUCCAGAUUCAGAGUUAAUUUACUCUCAUUUAUUUAUAUAUUUUUUACUCAAACAUUCGCUCUUUAGAAUAACACUAACCACACAUACAACUGAAUAGCUUACAACUUACUCGCGAGCUCCCCCCCCCCCCCAAGUUCUUUCCUGCCCAACGUGCUGUGGUGCUGUGCUGUGCGGUGCUGAUGGUGAUGGUGUUUUAGUGGUGUCUUAGAUUAAUGCAACGGCAGAGGUUAUAGCCACUCUAGCGCUUUCCCUCGGGUGCAUUUCUUAGAGUUUAACACAAUUGCAAAUUAGCGACACUAGCGAUUGGAUGCAUCCGAAUGAUGCACUUAUGAUUGUUACAAUUUCAGAUUGCUUUUGCCUUUGCCACAAAAAAGGAUCUUAGAUUACAUUUUUUGCAUACGUUUCAGAUCCAUGCGUC